AUGACCCCGGCCCUGCUGGUGGCCGCCCUGGGGCUGGGCCUGACAGUCGGAGCCCCGCACCCAGACCCGCGCCUCCACCAGCCCUGGGCCCUCUGGAAAUCCAGGCACCGCAAGGCCUACGACCAGAGCGAAGAGGGCUGGCGCCGGGCCGUGUGGGAGGAAAACCUGCGCGAGAUCGAGCGGCACAACCUGGAGCACAGCCUGGGGAGGACCACCUUCCGCCUCGCCAUCAACCAGUUCGGGGACAUGACCACGGAGGAGUUCGCCGCCACGAUGAACGGCUACAAGGCCGCACGCGGGGUCGGGGCCUCCGCCUUCCUCAGGCCCAACGGGACGGAGCCGCCCCGGGCCCUGGACUGGCGCCACCACGGAUACGUCACCCCCGUCAAGGACCAGGGCCGCUGCGGGUCGUGCUGGGCGUUCGGGUCCACGGGGGUCCUGGAGGGGCAGCUGUUCCGGCGGACGGGCCGGCUGGCGGCCAUCAGCGAGCAGAACCUCAUGGACUGCAGCUGGAAGCGGGGAAACCGAGGCUGCGACGGCGGGCUGAUGCAGCAGAGCUUCCUCUACGUGCGCGACAACGGGGGCAUCGACUCCGAGGAGGCCUACCCCUACGACGCCAAGGACGGACCCUGCCGCUACCUGCCGGGGGACUCUGUGGGCAACGCCACGGGCUAUGUAGAGGUGGCCCCCACGGAGGAGGCCCUCCGGCGGGCCGUGGCCACCGUGGGGCCGGUCUCCGUGGUCAUCGACGCCUCGGCCCGCUCCUUCCAGUUCUACCAGUCCGGCGUCUACUACGAGCCGCGGUGCCGCCGGAACCUGCUCGAGCUGGACCACGCGGUGCUGGUGGUGGGCUACGGACCCCCGGAGGGCCGCCCGGGCCGGGACCCCCCGUACUGGAUCGUCAAAAACAGCUGGGGCAAGUGGUGGGGGGACCACGGCUACAUCCUCAUGGCCAGAGACCGCGACAACCACUGCGGCAUCGCGUCCGGGCCCAUCUACCCGCUGGUGUGACCCCCACGGGCCCGCGACCCUCGAACACGGGACCGCAGACGUCCGGGGGGGCAUCUGGCCUUCCCCCCGUCCGCCCGCCGGGACGCGUUU